AUGUUACGAGUCCUCGUGAUUAUCAUCGUUCUUGUCUCUGUUUUCGCCGUUUCAGCGACAGAGAAAGGGAAGAAAGGUGCUUAUGAUGCAGCUUCAACGAACUACAAGGUGUUGUCUCCACUUGGCUCUGGCCAAGAGCGAGUUCAAUGCUUGGCGAGAGGAUCCUGUAACCAGAAGAUCCUCACUUGUCCAAAGGAAUGCCCCGAAAGGAAACCGAAGAUGAACAAGAAGGAGAAAGCUUGCUUCAUCGAUUGCAGUAGCAAAUGUGAAGUCACCUGCAAAUGGAGGAAAGCAAACUGUAACGGGUAUGGUUCUUUAUGUUACGACCCAAGAUUUGUUGGAGGAGAUGGAGUGAUGUUCUACUUCCAUGGAAACAAAGAUGGAAACUUCGCAAUCGUCUCUGACGAGAAUCUUCAAAUCAAUGCACAUUUCAUCGGUACAAGACCCGCUGGUAGAACCAGAGACUUCACAUGGGUUCAAGCCUUCUCAGUCAUGUUCGAUAGUCACAAUCUUGUAAUCGCGGCCAAGAAGGUUUCCUUUUGGGACGAUUCUGUAGACUCUCUCGUUGUGAGAUGGAACGGAGAAGAAGUUGAAGUCCCGACAGGAGGUGAAGCAGAGUGGAGAAUCAAUCUUGAAGAAAGGGAAGUUGUUGUUGAGAGAACAGACGAGAGGAAUAACGUGAGAGUCACGGUAUCUGGGAUUGUUCAGAUGGAUGUUCAAGUUAGACCAAUUGGGAAAGAAGAAGAUAGAGUUCAUAAGUAUCAGUUGCCUGAAGAUGAUGUUUUUGCUCAUCUAGAGACUCAGUUUAAGUUCUUUAACUUGAGUGAUCUCGUCGAGGGCGUUUUGGGGAAAACAUAUCGGCCUGGGUACGUUAGUCCGGUUAAGGUCGGAGUUCCCAUGCCGAUGAUGGGUGGAGAAGACAAGUAUCAGACUUCUUCUCUGUUCUCACCUCUUUUUUUCGCCCACUCGCGUUUCUUAUACGCAAGAAACAUGUAA